CGACAACUCAAUCUUCAUGUGACCCAAUAUUGAAAUUGCGAGCUCGCUGCUGAGCCAGCAAUGGCAGAAAGCUAUCGCCCCUUGCUGAGUUCUCUCAUCGAUAUCAACAUCUUCUCAUUACUCCGAGAACCGACGACAUCAACCCAAUUCUCCUUCUGAUCUACGAAGGGUUACCAACAGCCCUGUACUCGAUAGGUGGCUGCUGGCGACCCUCAUGAUUCUGAGUGAUUGACAGCGAUUGAGUUUCACGUCACUUGCGAGCUGCAUACCGGACGGACCGUUGGACGCCGCAUCGCAACACACCCACAUGCGAGUCAUCGUACCGGAGCCCGCGUCUCGCUCAUCCAAUGAUGGAUUCGUACAUGAACACACCAAGUCCGUCCCCGCCGUCGGGAGGCCGGGCGCCUCAUCAACGACACAAGCCGCAGCAGACCUCGCUGGGCUCGCUCUACGAUGCCCUGGCCGACAUGGACGAGACGCAGCUAGACUACCUCAUUCAGGAAAUGAACCACACCGCCCCGCAGAACUUCGCCGUCUCCCAGGCUGUCUCGGCCUUCGAGGCCGAAAAUCCCACUCAUUCCCUCAAGGAGGCUAGGAAGAGCAUGCUGCCCCCCACUAUGGAGCGACAGCCAUCCAGCAAGUCGCUACGCGGCAAGCUGAGGGUGCAGACCAUGUUCAGGAAGUCAUCGCUGAGGCAUUCACAACAGCCGCAACCGCAACCGCAGCGGAUGUCAAGUCAGGCCAACAGCACCAAAUCCGAGAGUGACCAUGAUGGCCACAGCGCCAGCACGGUUCAGACCCCGCCCAGUGGACCCAAAAGGACCCCCACGUACAGGCGGAUCGAGCGGCCGGACUUCAAACUCCCGCCGGGCAUCACCAUCGGGGACCUGCUCCUUCUCCUGCAAGCGGAGUUCAUGAUAAGUGCUUCAAACUCACAGCACCUCUCUCCCUCGCCGUCGUCACGGCCGGAGUUUUCACUUUCGCCUUCGCCCGUGACGCCGAGCUCGCCUGGCCGGAUACGCAGACAUCGCUCGAAAUUGGACUUGGCGCUGGAGGCGGAGCGCUCAGCGUCAGGUGCGGAGGAAAUUGCGCUGGGGAUGUUGGAACCGAGGCCGUUGACGCCGGCUUGCAGGGCGUCGAGUAGUGCGAGGGAUAGCCCGGUUACGUCGAUGCUGGAUAUGGGGAUUUUGAGCGACAUGCCGCCGCCGGCGCCUUCGAUGCUGAUGGAGGGGAUUUUUGAGGUUUUGGAUAAUAAGUAGGGGAAGUGUAGAUGCACAAGGGGACAUUUGGAUGGCUCGAGAUGUAGAGAACAGGAUUUGUCUAUCGGCUUGGAGGAAUGGAUUUAAUUGCAUAUAGCGAACACUCUUUGUAUAUACUUGGUUGGGUCAGUAAGCGUGAGGCGGAUUUUGGUCUUAUUACCCUUUGAUGCGGUCAGCAGUGCAAAAAAAUGGGCAAUACAUGUCCUAUAUCCGUUCCAUGGGACUAAUGCAAGCAUUAGACGUGAGGAAGGCUGGAUGAAAAUCCCCCAAGUUUCCUCGACAAAUCAUUCAAGGUCAUCUUCGCUGUCCCAGAAUAGACUAAUUGAGC